GGUUAAAGGUUAAAGUUCACCACUUAACGUGUGGGUGGGUGGGACAGUUCGGCCUGGGUUUGCAUUUAUAAUUUGGACUAAUGGCUUGAAAUUCCACACAGGUAGAAAAUAGGAAGCAUAAAGUACAUGCAGUGGACACUGGCACUCUGUCCUGAACACUGGCACUGACGUGCAGUUCUGUUCAGCUCCAACCUGUCUAAAGUCUUCCACGAUCAGCCGAAAGUAGAACUCCGGGACUCCCCGACCUUCUAGGAGACAAUGGCUCUUUGGUCAGCCAUCACAAGCCUGUUUUCUAAAACAGAUGACAGCACCACAAACUGGAUAAGGAAUAGAAACAUCGUCUAUGGCGACAGGACAAGGAACCUGUUGACUGUGUUUGAGAAGUAUGACAGUGGAACAGGCAGGCUAGAUGCUGGAAAUAUUGCUGCUGCUUUCAAUGAAGUCCACUUGUAUCCAUCCAAAGCCCAAGUGCGUGACAUGAUCCUGUGUGCGUCUGAGUGCUCUAACCGUGAACCAAGGGACCACAUCCUGUUUGGAGAGUUUUGCAUCUUUGUCACUGAGCUGAGGGAAAAAUAUGAAAGAGAAAGCCUGUCACCGCCACUCACCACGGACCAAAUGAAAAACAAGCACAGAUUCUUGAAGAGACAAACAUCAAGUGUCAUGUCAAGAUUUGAAGUGUUCCUGGGAGGCUCCUGUGUCCCCUCCACAUGGAGACAGGAUAUUGCUAUCCCACUGCUCAAACAGUAUGGACUCACAUACUUUGAUCCAGUGCAUGAAAUCUGGGGACCAGAGCUGGUUGAAGUUCUCACUGUGUUUAUCCAGGGUGCAGACCUGUUAUUGUUUGUGUUUGAUGAUGUGACCAGAGGUAUAGCAGCCAUGGUGGAAGUGGCAUAUCUUGUGGGACAAGGUCGGCCUGUGAUCCUGGUGGUGAUGGGACUACCUCUGCCUGGAGUAAUCAUCAAUGGACAGACACUACAUGACAGUGAAGUUGAGGAUUUAGAGCGUGGCCAUGCUGUGCUGUUUGACCUGGUGGAGAGGCAGGGGAUCCCGGUGUUCGAUGACAUACCAACUGCUGUGCACUGUGCAGCCAAGGUGCUGCGUAUGGGCAUCAGUGUGCAGGACCUUAGUAAAAGAGAUGGAGCGCAGUGUGUGAAAAAUGCACACAUCUCUGUUGGGGAAUCUUUAAUAUUGAUUAAAGAGGCAUUUGAUGGAGUCAACACAAAGAAGACUGGAAAUAUUGACAUGAAUGACGUAUGUCUCACAUACAAAGCACUAACUGGAAAGGACCUGACUGUUGCAGAAGUAAAAGACAUCUGCAAUGUUAGUUCCUCCAGAAAGGAGGAGCUGACUUUUAAUUUUCAAGAACUUUGCUGCAUAGUUGAUGAGUUCAAAUCUAAGACACAUUACAGCAUGGGGGAUUUCUUCUCCUUCAUUUUCAAUGGGCUAUAUACACUUUUUGGCUGGAUGCAGUAUAGAAAAGCAGAGCAGGUUAUCAUGGAAGACUUGACGAUAAGGCGGGACGUCUUCUUGGGCGGCAGUUGUGCAAACACAACAUGGAGGGAGCAGAUUGCCAUUCCAUUGUUAAGGAAACAUGGCAUAACGUAUUUCAACCCACAUCUUCCGGUGUGGAAUUUACGUUAUCUGCCUCUUGAGAACGAAGCCAAGGCCAACUGUACAGUUUUCCUGGCUGUCAUCACAGGAGAGACAAGAGGUCUAGCUUCUAUGAUAGAGAUUGCAUUCUUUAUUGGUCAGGAUCGAGACCUUGUUCUUUCUCUGGAGGACAUACAGGAUGGAACUGUGAUCAAUGGCCACAAGGUGACCAAUCAGGAGCUACAGGACUACUCUCGUGGGCGUGUCUACCUGGCAGACGCCGCAAACUGUCAUGGGAUUCCUGUGUUCACGGAAAUCACUGAGGCUGUGGAAUGUGCAAUCAAGAAAGUUCACAAGCUUUCUGUUGACAGCUAGCUGCUCAAAUAUGGGACCGGUCCCAACACUUAUGGAUUUAAAGUCACCAUGUCCUAGACACCCUGAUCUGAUGUAUUUGCAAGAAGCAACGAAAUAGCCAUUAAUCAUGAUCAUAUCUGACCAUUGAUAUGGUGAGGUAUUGACCAUGAGUAUCUGCUUGUGUCUGUAUAAUGCCAUCUAACACAAUGCCGUAUGUUCUUGAUUAAAGUACGCUUCCAAAUGAUAUGCACCUCUAAUUCGGCAGAGGUCACAGACAACAUUGAAGGACUGAAAUAAGUAAUGGAAAAACUCAAAUAAAGUAUGUGCACCUUCUCUACCAAUCUUGAACAUAUUUUGAACAGCAUUAAUUCAAAUUUAUGGUGUUUUAUUCUCUUUCUACAGCAAAAAUCAAGGACAAUGUCAUCUUGCUUAAAUUUGUAAAAAAAAAUUGCUGCAUGCUGGCAUUGUCUCUACAAACGUGUCUACCACAAAUUACAAAU